CCAGCUCGGCUUUUCCCACACACCCUGCCUGUCAACACGCCAUCGGACCAGCACAGCCUGCGCCACCCAGCCGCCUGCCAACGCCACAUAAGCAGGCGGUGCUGACACCCAACAGGUCUGACCUCCCCGGCUGCCAGCCAACCAGCGAGCCCGGCCCGUGUUUACCUGCGCGUCAGGUGGGCCGCCAGCAGGGGAGGGGGGAGGCAGAGCCGGGGCCGGGGCCGCCCAGCAGGUAGGAGGCAUGCCGGUGGAGGGCGGGAGCAGCAGCGGCUCCGCGUCGGCCGCCCGCCACCCCAAGCAGAAGCGCAAGGCUCACAGUCUGUCCAUCCGGCGCACCAACAGCACCGAGGAGCGGCCGCCGGGCGUCCAGCGAGGAGACAUGCUGGAGGGACAGGACUCCAAGCUGCCCCUCGCCUUGAGGAACAACCUUCUGGACCUGUUCGGCCAGAUCGAGCGCGAGUUUGAGAACCUCUACAUUGAGAACCUUGAGCUGCGAAGAGAAAUCGAGUCUCUGAACGAGCGUCUGACCGGAGAUGGACAGACGGUGGACGGAGGGGACCCCACCAAGGGAGCCCUGAAGACCAAAGCCAGUCACAGCACCAGCCAGCUGUCCCAGAAGCUGAAGACCACCUACAAAGCUUCCACCAGCAAGAUCGUGUCCAGCUUCAAAGCCACCACGGGCUCCCGGGCGCUGUGCCAGCUCCUCAAGGAGUACAUGGGCCACCGGGACGGGAUCUGGGACCUGAGCGUGACCCGGACCCAGCCGGUGGUGCUGGGCACCGCCUCGGCAGACCACUCGGCUCUGCUGUGGAGCAUAGAGACGGGGAAAUGUCUGCUGAGGUACGCCGGCCACGCCGGAUCAGUCAACUCCAUCAAGUUCCACCCCACGGAGCAGAUGGCCCUCACAGCCUCCGGGGACCAGACGGCUCACAUCUGGCGCUACAUGGUGCAGCUUCCCGCCCCUCAGCCGCCGCCAGAUGUCAGCGCGCCGUGUGAGGACGACCAGGACUCGUCGGACAGGGAGGAGGGCGAGGUGGACGGCGAGGGUCCGUGCGAGGUCCCCACCGUGCGGGUGGCCACGGCCACCCUGAAGAGCCACCAGGGCGUGGUGAUCGCAGCCGACUGGCUGGUGGGAGGCCGGCAGGUGGUGACGGCCUCCUGGGACCGGGCCGCCAACCUGUACGAGGUGGAGACGUCCGAGCUGGUGCACACGCUCACAGGUCACGACCAGGAGCUGACCCACUGCUGCACCCACCCCACCCAGCGCCUGGUGGUCACCUCCUCCAGGGACACCACCUUCCGGCUGUGGGACUUCAGAGACCCGUCCAUCCACUCCGUCAACGUCUUCCAGGGACACACUGACACCGUGACAUCCGCCGUGUUCACGGUGGGAGACAACGUGGUCUCCGGCAGCGACGAUCGCACCGUCAAGGUGUGGGACCUGAAGAACAUGCGGUCGCCCAUAGCAACCAUCCGCACCGACUCGGCCGUCAACAGAAUCAGCGUUUCUGCCAACCAGAGGAUCAUCGCGCUGCCACACGACAACCGGCAGGUGCGCCUGUUCGACAUGAGCGGCGUGAGGCUGGCCAGACUUCCCCGCAGCAACCGGAUGGGUCACCGGCGGAUGGUGUGCUGCACCGCCUGGAACGAGGAGAACCAGUCGUGCAACCUGUUCACCUGCGGCUUCGACCGGCAGGCCAUCGGCUGGAACAUCAACAUCCCGGCGCUGCUGCAGGAGAAGUGAGGAGGCGGCGCCGGGACCGGCGCCGCCUCCUCCCUGUACAUACACACGGCGGGUCGCCACGGCAACGCUGUCCGUGGCCUCGGACACGCCGGCACCCCUCCCCUCCCCUCCCCCCGCCCCGACUGAGCCCCAAGCUGUGAACCACUUCCGCCCGUCGUCCCGGUCCGUGCUGCUUUCCUGGAGCGCGGGAUUCCAGAGCGUCCUCCUGAGCGGCCGGCGCUUUAGAGGCCACGGCGCCGACCUCCGGCUCCUGACCCCUCUGACCUUAUUUAGCAUGGAUUGUGAGUCGUGGCGUGGUUAGGCUGCCCCCCACAUCCUCGCCCCUCCCCGUAGACGUGCUGUGUUCAUCCCUGAAUCCACAGUCGCUGGAGAGUUACUGCCGAUCGGUCGCUUGUUGCAUGGAGAUCAGCUCAGAUUGUUACCUGUAAAGUUGAGAGAGAAGAAGCCGAGACAGACUGUAGAAUAUAAUGAGUGUGUAUAUAUUUAUAUAUACAAGAGGAUAUGGCUGAUUAUUGGAUCUGAGGAGGAAGACGGUGUGAUUCUGUGAAUUGUUUUUUCUUUUUUUUUUUUCACCAUUGUACUAAACAUAUCACGUUCAGGCCUGCCAUGAUGAGUUGUCUUAAAGCGAGCGGGACACGAGGCGUGCGCCCUCACCCGCUCUCCUCUCAUAUUCACUGUUUCAUCCAGUCACUCUGCCUUCUUCCAUGUUUACAGUGGAGUUUCUUUAAGGAAAACGUGUCUUUAUUCUGCCUUUCUGUUGAGGAGGAAAGCAAUAACAGGAAAGGAGCGCGGCGCCAUCACUGUACAGGUCUGCCUCCAUGUUGCUCGGCUCGAUGUCGAUGUUUUGAUUCCCCCCUCUGAACUCCGCGCCUUCCCGUCGCUCGUCACCCCAAAGAACAGAAGCAAUAAGCAGCUGCUGGGUGUUUCCGGUGUUCGGAGCGGCGGCGGCGGCGGCCUCUGGGUGACUGUAACUUGACUGAAUCAUAGGAAACAGUUUGUUCCACUUGUGCAAUAUCCUCCACCUUAAAGUCAUGCUGUAGUUUCUGAUCACAUGUUUAACUUAUUCGCUGUAAAUGUGUGUGUGGCCGGUGUCCGUGUAGCUCAGUACCCCAGCCGUUCGCCGCUGUGUGCACUCAGUAGAGCCGGGGCGUGUUUAGAGGAAGCAUGAAGCUCAAAGGAGAAACCUGAAUAAAGCUGUUGAAUUGCCUUACCCUCUGCAUUGGAAGCCGCAGCAUGAGCCUUAUCCAUCCCAGCGUCAGUGCACUUUUCCAAACGCUUGUCAAAUAACUAAUUGUGAUCCUCAGCUCAGAGCAGAUAGGAUUUUUUUUUUUAAUUCUCAGUCCUGCUCCCGCCGGUGUCGCCGUCAUUCCGAUCCGAUGCUCCUCCUGCUGGAAUUCUGAUUGAGAGUUGAUCCAUUAAAUGGCGGCGUGCCAGCCUGUAGCGGCACCAGAAAGAGAGAAGCAAAGUGAAUAGGCUCCGCUCCACCGUCUCCAGUCAAACUUCAUUACAUGUGGUCUACUUUGCAUACUUUAUUGUGAGGGGUACAUGCUCUCCGACACGUUCCAAUAAAAACCUGUGAGUUCCU